AUGAGGAUCGCGGAGGAGAGACAAGUCAGACGACUGUUGGACGCUGUGCCCCAGUCAGAGAUGCCUGUUCGGGUCGACCCGAUAACGACGGACGCGGCUGAGCUUGCAGUUGUGGUGGAGUUGCAGUUUGAGGUUGUGAUUGAGCUGUGGUCCGAGGCCAUAUCUCGUAUUCGAGCAGAAUACUCCCGAGUGGAAAAAGGCAUACUGACUAUCAUUGUUUCAAGAGGUGCAUUGGUGCAAUUCGCUCAGAACGCAUUGCCGGGCAGAGCUCCGCUGGAGCCGCCGACGUUGAUCAAGUUCAAAAGCAAGCCAAAGAGUGCAGCGCUGUCAGUCAUCCUACGACAAGAUGCUUUAAUUGAAGGGACUUCAGCUCUUUCCCCAACUCGAACCCAGCAAAGGGAUAGCCAGAUGCGUCCAUCGCUCAGAAUUUUAAUGCAUAGCGCUCUGCCUCUCUCUCAUCUCACAGGCUCGUCAUCGCGGGUGACUCCCUUGCCUCCAAAGUCUGCGCGCUCACCUCCCGUAUUCCCCUUCUUCCGCAAUGCAGGCUCCCCAGCUCCUGCCUUCUUACGCACGCUUCACCCUCUACUACCACCGCUUCAUGCAAAUUUUUUUGAGCUGUUAGAUUCCGCAUUAGAGAAAGUCGACUCUGUUUAUUCCGAACGAGAGAAGGAAAUGCGAGACCGCUGGACUGGCGCGGCUGGAAACGUGCCUGCCUCUGGCAGACGGAAGCUGGUGUGGCCUCAACCUGAUGAUAGUGCUACCUACGACAAUGCCUGA